UGCACGGACUCCUACAACGCGUCGCUGGCUUCCCACCACCCGUGGGUGGUGCGCAAGGCCGUCACGGUGGCCUUCUGCGCGCUGCCGUCCCGCGACGCCUUCCUGGAGAUCAUGAACGUGGGCACGCACGAGGAGGCCGUUACCAUGCUGGGCGAGGCCCUGCCCCACAUCUGCGAUGUCUACGGCAUCACCCAGGAGCUCUUCGCCCAGCACCAGCUGCUGGACCUGCCCUGA